GGCGGCUCUCUCCUGGGCUGCUUCCCGGGUUCUUUCCUCCCGACUCAGCUUCACACCCUGCGCUCCGUGUGGUGCUGCCGCUGCAUCUCUCCCGUCGCUGCCCUCACCACUGCAGCCAUGAUCUCCUUAACUGACACCCAGAAAAUUGGAAUGGGAUUAACAGGAUUUGGAGUGUUUUUCCUGUUCUUUGGAAUGAUUCUCUUUUUUGACAAAGCACUACUGGCUAUUGGAAAUGUUUUAUUUGUGGCUGGCUUGGCUUUUGUAAUUGGUUUAGAAAGAACAUUCAGAUUCUUCUUCCAGAAGCAUAAAAUGAAAGCCACAGGAUUUUUCCUGGGUGGUGUAUUUGUAGUCCUUGUUGGUUGGCCUUUGAUAGGCAUGAUCUUCGAAAUUUACGGAUUCUUUCUCUUGUUCAGGGGCUUCUUCCCUGUGGUGGUUGGCUUUAUUAGAAGAGUACCAGUCCUUGGCUCCCUCUUGAAUUUACCUGGAAUUAGAUCAGUAAGUAAUCGUGUAUUUAGCAUUAUGUUUGUAAACCAUUGAAAUAAAUGCUUUGUGAUGCUUUUUACUUAUAGAAGUUUGAGUGAUUAAUACUUGACUAAUUGGUAAUUUUUUGAUUAUCAUAUAAAUGUUUACAUCACGUAGAUCACAGUUACCGUGAAUACCAGAAAAAAUAAUCAUCACUAAAUAUGUAAAACCCAAAAUUGUAUUUCACUGUGUCCAUUUUUAAUAUUGUUCUCUAGUUUAAAUGUUAUUCAGAUUAAUAUGCAAUGCUACUUUUCUCUUUGAGGGGUCAAGGCAUUUUUCAAUUAAUUUUCAUAUGAUCGCUAAUUUUAGAAACAAUAAUGUAAAAAGGACACCAUUUUUUCAUGCAAGUAUUUUCUUUCUCGAACUGUAUCACCAAAUAGAAUGGAUUAAGACAAUAAAAUAGAAAGAUAUCAUGCUGGGAAUCAUACAAUAAUGAUUCCAUUCCCAGCUGUGUCCAAGGCUCAACAACCUGGUUUCUCCAGGGUGGGCCUCAGUUUCUAUCCUGAUAAGAUAAAAGAUGUCAAAUUAGAUAGUUAAUAAAGGCUAAAGAGAAUGUUUUAAAAAUUGACAAGUGAUGUUUCUUCAGUUCAUUCAGUAUUCAUUCAGCAAAUCCUUGAUACCACACUACUAGUUUGAAGACUGUUACGUCUCUGUAGGAGGUUCAAAAGGCCUUUCAGAGUCAGCUUUCUCAUUGCCUUCUCAGAAAAAGCUUUCCUGGCACCCUGUGACUGGCUUGGGCCUUGCUUCUAUAGUGUACUCUGCACACAUCUCUAUCAUAGCUCUACCGCUGUUUCAACUGUCAGGAAAAAGGCUUAUAUGUGAAAUGUGGUAGUCUUUGAGGGCAGAAACAGACUGUUUUAGUCACUGUUCUGUCCCCAGUGCCCAGCCCAAUACCGAACACAUAAUAGACACGCAGCACAUUUUGGCUAAAUGAAUGAAUGAAGGAUGGCAUUUCAUUGACCUCAGGGAUUCCAGCUGACUUUCUUUUAGCCUAAAUCCUUAAAUUUCAAAAGUAAACUAAAUCCUUAAAUUCCAAAAGCAUCUGGAUAAUCUGGAAUUCAGCUAAGUUGGGGGCAAUCCUUUUGGCUCUAGAUCUGAGCUGCGGUUCCAUUUCCUUCUUUGGAAAUUUCAUAGUUCCGCAUCUAUCCUGAAUAACUGGGAUAAACUGGCCUUAAGGACAGAAGAUCACAAGUUCUAGUUGGGUGUCAGAGUCCAUCAGCUUCCUAAAGUUAUUUACAGAUUUUUGUAAAGCUUAAGAGAUGAGCCAUAGCAUUUACUGAAUUCUGAAAUUGCCAAAGGCUGACUUACCCCUAGAAGUGUAAGUACUACUAUAAGUCUAACCCCAUUUCCAUCCCUAGGUCAAUUUUAGAGUCAGAACCUACAGCCAAGGCAACGUAGAUAUUUUCAGUUAUCCUUGGAGAGAGAGUAUUGUGCUUUUUCCCAUCUUAUAUUUACUUUAAAAUUCUAAUGAAUCUACAGAUUCAUUCAGAGCAGCUUUUCAGUUUAGAUGUACCCAACCACCUAUUUGUGAUAAUAGAAAAUGUUGGAACUUGGCCUGUCUGGGUAUAUUCUUACUUCAUUUGCAUUAGUCACCAAUCUCAUACAAUUGUCAAUGUUGUUUAUACUUAAAAUGACUUUUGAAUUUACUGAUACUUCUAGUUAUAAAAUUGUAAUUGCCCUAUAUGUCCUUAACUUAAGGAUUCUGUAGUAUUUGCAUAAAUGGGCACCCAAUACUACAGAUUACACUCCCUAGCAUUACUUAAUUCUAAUAGAUGCUUAACUAAAAAUGUGAAUAGUAAAGUGAAAGAAACAGUUAAGAUGAUUGCCGGAUUUUGAUAAUAUUAUAACCGCUUGAAUUACAUAAAUUUUAGUAUCUCCACUAAUUAUAUACUUUGGUUCAAUCUUUGGAUCACCAUCUGGAAUGCUGAAGAAAGCCAAACUGCUUUAUAACAUAAAUAGCCACUUAAAUUAAUAUGUGCUAAAAUUUGUAAUCAAUAAUUAUAAAUUUAUGCUUGCAUCAUUGCAUCUGUUUUUCAUGUUGUUGCCACUUUCAGUCUGAAGUCCAGAAUACACAUUUAAAGUAUUUUUAGUCAAUAGCUGUCAUAAUUAUCGAACUUAAUGAAGCUAAAUCUGUUUGUUCAAAGACUACAUAAGCCCAGAAGAGAUCCACAGUAAUGGUCAGUUGAAAUAUUUUAUGGGUUCAUUAGUGCAUGAAUGGCUGAUAUUUUAGCUUUCUAAUUUAUUUUUUUUUCCUUAAGCUGUCAGUGUUAACGUCAUUUAUCCAGUUUAUUUGUUCAUUGUGUUGCAUUUAUCAUGUUGCACCCUUAAAUUCAUAUGUAUAACAUGCCAUGCAGAAAACAGAUUUUAGAAUUUUUUUUUUUUUAAACAAACAUUUACGUGUCAGAAGAUGGUGGUGAGUAGUACUGGAUUAAUCGUUGUCCGUCACACCUUAAAUUUCCACAAAUCUUCUGCUAAAGCUGGGUUUUUAAAUCCACAUUUGCAAUGUUGAUAUAAUGUUGUAGAAUACUGUAGAGUUUUUUCUAAUUGUCUGGUUUUUUUCCUCCUUACAGUUUGUAGAUAAAGUUGGAGAAAGCAACAAUAUGGUAUAACAUCAAGUGAACUGAAGACUCAUUUAAGAUAUUGUAUUAUUUAUAAGAUCCUUUGAAGAAUAUUCAGCACAAAAUUAAAUUACAUGAAAUAGCUUGUAAUAUUCUUUACAGAAGUUUAAAACGUAUAGCCUACGAAGUACCAACAGCAGUUAGCAAAGAAGCAGUGAAAACAGGUUUGUAAUCAAGUGAUCUAAGAAGUCAGCAAGCAAGCUGAAGGAGAUGAUAUCUGCGUUACAAUCCAUAUGGAAACUCUUGACAGCUGUUUUUAUUGUUUUUCCACAAUGUGCGAAACACAGCCAUGCUUAGAGACCUGUGGUGCCUGCUCCUUUUAUUUUGAAGGUGCAGGUGCACCCUUAGGCAUUGCUUUUUAGACUGUCCACUGCAAUGGCAAACAUCUUUCCAGUUGCACUGUCUCUCUGAAAGCGAUGAUGCAUGAGUUAGAUUGGAUUGUGUUAUUUUAUCGUAUUAAAACCAAGGAAAAACCAGUUUUGAUGUAUGAAUCAUUUUUUCUUUUUUAACGUGGUUAAAAUAAAACUUUUAUGGUUCUUCUGAAUCUUAAUGUUUUAAAGCCAGAUGAAAAUCUGAGCUAGAUAUUCUUUGUUAGAAUAUGCAAAGGUCAUUCUGUAGUUACUUACUAUAUUACAGCUGACCAAGCACUUUUUUGGUCAGCAACACACUCUGGAAAUAUACUUCUUGGGAGUCGGACUUCCUGAGUAUCUGCCUGUAUUCACUUAACAGACAGCACUCUUGACCAUGAAGUCAUCUCUCACAGGCUUGUCUCAGUGAAUAGUCUUUUAUUUAAGGUACUGAAUGAUGCAAAGUAAAUGUAUUUUUCCAUGUCAUGAUGUCGUUUAUUUUCUUUUUCUUUCCUCUUUUUUUUUUAUUUUAGCAGUAGUUUAUUUUGUUUUUCAUAAAUUAAAAUAACUGUUGGCAAUGUCUAAAACAUGUAAGAUACUAAAAGAUUAAACUUAUGACUUUUUUAAGGGCUAUUCAUCUAAGCUGCAUUUUCCCCUUAAUUUCAGCUUUUUCAUAACAUAAAAAUGAAUAUGCAUGAUGUGUGCUUCAUGUGAGCACCCUUCGCCUUGAGUAUUGGAGAACAUUUCUGAAUUCACAUGCUGAAGUUAUUUUACUAUAAUUAAACUGGCUAUAGCUUCUUAAAAACAUAACACUAAAAAAAUAACGUGUUGUCUUUUCUCCUGUUGCUGCUUGACAGACACUAGGAAACAGCAGUCGUUUCUUUAGGAGCUUUCCAUGGUAGCAGCUUUCAUGGUGGAUCUAGGGACAACUUUUCAACAGCCGCAGUACUAUUUGUUUUAUCACUAAUGAUUGCACUAUUUACCUUUUUUUUUUUUUUUAAACAGUUUUAAAGCCUUUUAAUGCAUAAGAUCAUAAAAAGAAUUUGUGACUUUUAUUUAAAAACAUGGCUACAAAAUAUAUUACAGAUUAUGUUAUUCUUCCGUUUAAUCUCUUAAUGCCCAGAGAACUCCCAACCUCGCUCAUGUAAAGGAAGAAAGACUUGGCAUAUAGUCUGAUGGUUCAGUCUUGUGGAUUGCUGUCUUUUUGGUACUGGCAUUUGAUUUAUGAUAUAAUCUGUGAAAAUGCAAUGAUAUUGGACAAAUGGAGAUUCCUACCUCAAUAGUUCAUGGAAUAAUAAGAGACCUGGUGUUGUAUCUAAUGUUCUUUAAAAAAAGUAGUAUCAUCUUCACUUGGAGAGUGUCAAAUAUAUAUAAAUAUACACACUUUGGGGAUUGACUGAUAAAAGGUGUCCUGUAGGACUCUAACAUACAUAUUUUUGACUGACCUGUAUUAUUUAAGUGACUAGAUAAUUCUACCUUUUUAGAGCAAGAACAGUGUCUGUUAAUGUAAGGAACACAUUAUUUAAUUCCUUUGUAGACAUAAAUCUCUUAUCAAAAUGUUCUUUGCACUGUGACAGAGAUACCUUUUUCAACAGUCAGAAAGCAUUAUUGGAUAGAAGCACAGGAAGGAUUUGAUAAUCUCCCAGUCCUUUGUAAAAUUGAGAGGCUGGAGCAGUUUUCAGUUUUAAAUGAGUCCACAGUUAAUAUCAAAUAUGAGUUUGGGACUGCUUGGUAGCAUUGUAUAUUUCUCUUGCAGCACCAUUGAUGAGGUUCUAUUUUUAAACGUACUAGUCUUCUGACAGCAUUAUACACCCCAUUGUCUCUUCCUUUCCAAAAUUAGCCUUCUGCCUUUGUGACAAAAGCAUACUUCAAUUAUUUCCUUAGAGAGGGAGGAAAAGGUCUAAUACUACUUAGCCUUAAAUGUUUCUGUCAUUGUUCAAAUGUAUUUUCUGUAACAGAAACAUACAUGUAUUUGGAAUGUUUUUCUUUUCCCCUUUUAAAUUGUAAUUCCUGGAAUAUUGCUGCUUUAAAAAACCUCACGAUCAAAUUAUAUGAUCUAACAAUUGAAUAUUGUAAAUACACUUGUCUUACCUCUCAAUAAAAGGAUACUUUUCUAUUAA